UCGAAACAGUUUAAAUCAAACAAUGAUUAAUUUUUUGCUGCUGUUCGUUUUUGGAAAUCUUCUCGGUAACAGUUUCGCAAUUCAAAUUAAACAAUGUAGAUUCGCGCUCAAAGAAGGAUAUCCAGUAAUAAAAUGUAGGGCAAAUUGCGAAAAUGUAAUGCAAUUUUCAUUGAAUACAGAGUCAGGUUGUUGCCAAUGUGAGAAUAAUGACGAAGUUACAUGUCACUUUCAAAAAUGUAAUUGGACCUCGAAACCUGUAUGGAUGACAUCGAAUAAAUUGGAUGAAAAAUUAUAUAAAAUAGAGAUUCGCGAUGCCAUGUGUAUUCCAUGGACCCGUUCAGAAGAAGGUGCCAUACAAUGUUUGACCCAAUGUGACAAGGGUUCUAAUUUUUCAAUGUCUGGCUAUUGUUGUAAUUGUGCAGCAUGGAGUAUGGCCUAUUGUAUAAAAGGAAAGUGCGCUAAUGAUGAAACUCUACCAGAAAAUUCAAAUACCACAGCUAAUGAAUCUCAAGUGGUUGCCUCUAGUCCAAAACCAUCUACGCCUGAAGUGACAAAUGAAAUGGAUAGUAUUGAAAAGUCAACAGAAUUAGUGACUGAAGAAGUUUUAAAAGACAUUGACGAUGAUGAAAAUUUAGAAGAAACGCGAAGAAAAAGAAGACCUAAAAAGACUCAAAAAGGAAAGAAAAAAGAGAUUAAAAAAAUUAUUCAAAGUAUUGACUUACUGUAACAUUCAGGUUCGUUAAACAGAAGUCCGAGGAAAUUUUAAUGAUUUACUUUCCUUCUCCCCGACUUUCAAUCAAGGUAGUCAUUUUUGAAGGCAGCAGUCAAUCUUCGUAAAUAUGACUUUUGCAUGAACAUGAUAAUAAUUUCACUCUAAACUUCAAAAUUGCGCCACCCCCUUAUUGAAUUAUCUUGACCCCUAAUUGUAUU